GGCAACCUGGCCUGCAAGUUCUUCCUCGUGCUCCGAGCCUUCGGACUCUACCUGUCCUCCAAUGUACUCGUGUGCAUAUCUGUUGAUAGAUUCUUUGCAAUCUUGUAUCCACUGCGAUUGGCAAUAGCUAGAAAGCGAAGUAAAACGAUGUUGUACAUGGCGUGGUUCGUCGCUCUUCUGUGCAGCUUGCCACAGAGUCUGGUGUUCCGCGUGAUGAGUCACCCGAAGAAUCCUGACUUCCAGCAGUGCGUCUCCUUCGACUUCUUCACGAGCCCUCAUCAAGAACUGGCUUAUAACGUCUUCUGCCUCUGCGCUGUGUACUUCAUGCCGCUGUUGAUCAUCACUGGCUGCUACGCGUGCAUCUUCUACGAGAUCUCCAAGAAUUCGAAGGAGAACAGCGAAAAACACCAUCAGACAGACCACAGCCGCGUGAUGCUGCGCCGCUCCGACCAGCGUCCUCUAGCGCGCGCCAGAAGACGGACGCUUCGCAUGACGGUCACCAUCGUGACGGUGUUCGCUUGCUGCUGGCUGCCGUACGCUACAAUGACGCUGUGGUAUAUGGUAGACUGGCAGUCGGCGUCACACGUGUCCGCGCGAGUCCAGGACCUGUUCUUCAUCAUGGCCGUGUCCAACUCGUGCAUGGACCCGCUGGUCUACGGCUCCUACACGCUGGAUCCCAGGACCUUCACCAGAGCUGCGAGGAAGAUAUUCUGCAUUCACGCCAGCCCUUCUGAAAUACCAGGAAUUUCCGGGACGCGUUUAUCGAAGGGUAAAUUACCUGUCACGGACACAAUUCUUCACGAUCAGGCACGGCGUAGUUCCAGGCGGUACCCGGUCCGCUUCGAAGAGACCACAACAACGGUAGCGCGGCCAAGUCCAAAUUCUGAGCCUGUGUGUUUUCUCAGCGAACAUUCGGACGAACGAGUGGUAAAACCUGCGCGUAGUUGUGAAGUGUUCGUCGUGCACACGCCGAGAACUCUGCAAUAAGUGAAGUGAAUUCUAGAGCUCGGCACAACUGUCCUUUUAGCUAGUGUGAUUUUUCAGCAAAAAAAUCAAGUUUAGUGAAAACAUUAAAGGCAGUGAAACGUUUGUAUUUUAUGCCGAGAAGCAUUUCAAUAAAACGUAAACGUAAAAGUAAACGUAAUUAAUAGGAUAGGGUAUUGGACAAUAACCUUUAGAUAUAGACAAAUCCAUUUUAAAACCGAUCUGAUUCCUUGGUUAACAAUCGUAUCGUAAAAACGUAUCGUAAUCGUGUAACUAUAAAUUGUAAAUUUACAACGUAGGUACCUACACUUUACCCCUUUUUAAAAACGCUACAAUACAUAUAUUUUUCUUCGGUAUAAUGGGAAUGCCCGUGAUUACUUAGGAAGUACUCACCUUAAUACAUGAUGACGAGUACUAUCUACCCAAGUACCUACUUAUUAAAGAUUUUAAUUUAGUUUUAUAGACAAUAGUUAAAUAAUUUAUAAAAUGCCAAUUUUAUUUUUUUAUUUUACAUGUUGCCAAAUUGUUUUUUGUUGCACAGUGAUCUCUUUUCUUGAACUUGGUUUAAUACUCUUCCGUGUGUCUAGAAUCAGAAUUACUACUAAAAAUUAAGGGGAGGUUAUUAAUUACAUAAAAAUAUGUACAUACAAAAUCUAAAUGUGACUAGGUAUAAUAUUUUCUAACCCAUAAUGUGUUGUAUCUAUACUUGAUCGAAUUUUUGAUGAGAUGACUAUAAAACUUUUAAGAUAAUUGAUUGAACUGUUUUAUCAGGCUUAUCAUUGUAUCUUAUCGCGAUCCACUUUGCGACCUAAACUGAUCUGCAUCGCAAAAUCGAUGGAUUUAUGAAUGCGAUUCAUUUUAGGUUCCUAAAUUGAACUGAAUUGCAUUGGAAUAGUUCCGUAAAUGUUGAUGGUAGGCCUGCAGUAAUGUUAUAAUGUUAUUGGCCUAUUUCAGCGUUUGCUGAUAAAAUAUCUGAUUGCCAAUUAUACGUAACAUAUGGAACGGAUAGCGUUUAAAAUUGUGAUUCACAGUGUUAGGCUAUCUAGAUUAUAACAUAAAGAACAUUAUCUAGCGGUUAAGUUAAUUUGUCAGAUAAAUGAUAUUUUAUAAGAAAUUUGUGUAACUGGCCUUUAAACUUGUAAUAAGUACCUAAGGAAGCAAUGUUAAUGCCGGCUAUACACAAAUCUAUCAUCGAAUUCGGGCAUACGUCGACGCGAAUGCAUUAACAUUGCGUAGGUUGUAUGAGAGAUUUUAUUUACCGCAAUAAAAACCCAGCAGUCUAUCGCGAAUUUUCGCGAUAUAUUACCUAGUGUAGCCGGCAUAAAGGGUAUAAUAAAGCUAAAAAGUGAGUUUCAUCGCCGUUUGUAAAGUAUAGUACUUAAUACCUAAUACUUAAAGUAAGAAACUAUUUGAAGAAAAAAAAAACUGGACGUGAUAGUGGAAGGCGAAAGGCCACAGUGAAAGACUAAAUGCUUUAUUGUAUCUUAAAAUUCCUAUAAUUCCUACGGAAGCAAAGCUCCGAGGUGUAGCUUGUAUAUUAAU